CCGCCCCUCGGCGGCUCCAGGUGCGGCGGUAGGACCCGGGCCGGGGCCGGGCCGGGGCGCCAUGGCCGAGUCCCAGCUCGGCUGCCUGGACGAGGCGCACGUGAACGAGAGGGUGACCGCGGCGCAGGCAUCCUUCUACUACUGCGAGCGGCGGCGGGCCGCGCUCGAAGCGCUGCUGGGCGGCGGCGAGCAGGCCUACCGCGAACGGGUCAAGGAGGAGCAGCUGCGGGACUUCCUCUCCAGCCAGGAGCGUCAGGCCCUCGGCGCCGCCUGGAGCCCCUACGAAGAAGUCGCCGCCGCCGCCGCCCGGGGCAAGAGCAAGGCCGCGGCCGAGACCCCGACGCAGGCCGCGUCCGAGUCCGGCGAGUCCCUGGCCUACUGGCCCGACCGCUCCGACACCGAGGUGCCCCCGCUGGAGCUGGGCUGGACCGAAUCGUGCUUCUACCGCGGUGUGAGCCGCGUCACCCUCUUCACUCACCCCCCUAGGAAGGAGAAGGCGCCCCACCUGAAGCAGGUGGUCCGGCAGAUGAUCCAAGAGGCCCAGAAGGUCAUUGCUGUGGUCAUGGACCUCUUCACUGAUGGUGAGAUCUUCCAAGACAUCGUGGAUGCUGCCUCCAAGCGCCGAGUCCCCGUGUACAUCAUCCUGGACGAGGCAGGCGUGAAGUACUUCCUGGAGAUGUGUCAGGGCCUGGAGCUCGCUGACUUCCGUAUUCGGAACAUCCGUGUCCGCUCUGUGACAGGUGUUGGCUUUUACAUGCCCAUGGGGAAGAUCAAGGGGACCCUGUCAUCCAAGUUCCUAAUGGUAGAUGGUGAAAAAGUAGCCACUGGAUCCUACAGAUUCACCUGGAGUUCCUCCCAUGUGGACAGGAACCUUCUCCUCCUCCUGACGGGGCAGAACGUGGAGCCCUUCGACGUGGAGUUCCGGGAGCUGUACGCCAUCUCCGAGGAGGUGGACUUGUACCAGCAGCUGGGCCUGGCAGGAGGCGCUGGCAGGCUGGGCCUCAACUACGCCUCCACCGUGGCUCGCAAGCUAAUCAACCCCAAGUACGCGCUGGUGGCAGGCGGCCGCCACCCACCUGGGGAGAUGAUGCGCUGGGCUGCCCGGCAGCAGCGGGAGGCCGGCAGCAAUGCAGAGGGGCAGGAGGAGGGCAACAAGGGCGGCGAGUCAGCACGGCGCCUGGAGGGUUUCCUGCACGACCUGGUCACGCUGGAGCAGGUGCUGCCCCCGGUGGAGCCCGUUCUCUCGGGAGAGCUGAGUCAGGAUGGCAGGGUGGUCUCCCACCUGCGUGUGGACCUGAAGCCCAGACCCCGGGAGGCCCUUGCCCGAAAUGGCAGGGGAGAAGCUGCCAACGGGGAGGCCACCGCGGCCAAGGAGGGCAGGCGCUUCAGCAGCAGGUUCUUCAACCGGCGGUCCAAGAGGCCCGCAGCGCCCAAUAGCACGGCCGGUGCCCUCUCCCCCGAGGCCUUGGCCGAAGCGGAGUUUGUGACGGGGAAGAGGCCCAACCAGGGCUCCAGUGACGUCUCAGGUAAAACAAGUUCCAGUCCUGCCAAGGCCAGCAAUUGUGUGAUUUUGUGAGCUGCGGGCCAGCUGUCGGCAGGACCUGUGGAUGCCCCCAUCCUGUCCUGUGGAGACACGGGUCAAACCCUGCACCGAUUUGCACAUCGGACGCCUACUGGCCUCCUGCCCCAGCAGCCUCCAUCCUGGCCUCAGGGACCCUGUAUCCCAGAUGUGAGGGUCUGCAGCAUCUCAAGACAAUCACACGCCUCCACGAGACUGCCGUGGCCGGGCAGGGGGUCAGCCUUUGUUUACAUGAAGUGGAAGCUUGACUAGUGUCCGCUCUCCUUUAUGCCCAGCCCCCUCCCUCCACCGGUCCAGCCUUGCCCUGCCGGCCCCCAGAUGGGAUGAGUCCAUGUCUUUAUACCUUAAUGUGAUGGGGUCUCCGGGGCAGCCCCAGCCCCCUGGCUUCUCCUUCCCUGGGCUUCCUGGUGCUGCUGGUCCCCCAAGAGGUUUGGUGGAACAGAAGGGACGAGGACAGGGCUCUGAGCCCGGGAUCCGGUCUUGCUUGAGCUUCUGAACUCAAGCUGGAAGAUGCAGCGAGGACGGCUGGGGGCUGGCUGCUUUGGCCUUCCUGGCGUGUCCCUCAGGCUCCUGCAGUAGACUCUGAAUGGAAUGAGGGCAGAAUUUGACCCUGCCAUUUUGAGAGCCCUUGUGCUGAGGCCUCCUUUCCCUCCCCUAGCACCAUCCUGGCAGGCUGUGUCCUGAGUGGUCCGGGCCUCCUCGGCUGUUGCCUGCUGCAAGCCCAUCUGGCAGCUCCGCUAGUGCCUUUACCUGAGGCAGCUCCCUCCCGUUUUUUGCCUUGAUCUGCAGCCCAAAGUAGGGAGAGAGAGAGCCUGGCUGAUGUUCCGGUGGCGCUGGAGGCUGGGCCCUGUCACCAAGAGUGCUGGCCUUCCUCCCACCCCAGAGAUGGCCCUCAGUCCCUUCACCAGCCGGGACUUACGUGCCUUCUCUAGUUAUAUGUCAGCCAAAGACCAGCCUAGGCCUCCUGCCAAAGUCAGACUGUAUUGAGGAGCCUCAGCCUCCCUGGCUUCUUAGGGACCUGGCCUGAUAAUCGCCAUGAUGCCAGGCCAGGAAGACCAGCUGAAAAUCGCACACCACCCCCUCUUCACGCAUGUGACUGAGAGGACCUGCGGAGGGGGUUCUUGAACGGACAACAGAGAAACUGCCAAACCGCAGGCUCUGCGGCUGGCCUUGCUUCCGGCCGGGUGCUGGAGGCCUGGAGAGCCGAGGGCUGCAGUGCCUGAGAAAGCACCACGCUCAGCCUCUCUCAGCCUCCUACUUCUGAGCCAAACUCUCGUCCUCACAUCUUUCCUUCUGCAAAACCCUGGGGCACCAGCAGCCCCUUGGGGAGGGGCCCUGGUGCCUGCUAGCACCUGAUGGGAGAGGGAGCGAGGGGCGCACCGAGCAUCCUGCGAGGAGCCUGGCCUCCCCGGUGGGUGGUGGGAGCGGCAGGGGAAGGAAGGGUGCACCUGGUUCUUGGGGGGUGAGGGACCCUGACCCACCUCCAUGAGCGUCUGUGAGGAUUAAACACUCCUGGGAAGUGCUUCCUUAUGCACCAAGGCCUGGCGAUGUGGCCCUGCUUGUUCUGGAGGGGAAGGGAGAGGGAGGUGGAAAACAUGGGGCAGGGGUUACACCUCAGCUCAGAGUGUUUGGGUGGAGAGAGCACUCUUGGUGAGCAGAGUGGACACCUCUGGGGCAAGGGGGGAGGCCAGAGGAGGGGACCGGCUCCUAAGCGAUUGUGCCUCCCUUGCUAGAGAAGCAGGCCCACGGAAUCCCUUUCCCGUCUCCUGACCCAAAGCAAGCCCGGUUCCUCCCCUGCCCUCACAUGCAGGAGGCUCUGGACUGGAGGUUCCAAGUCGCUGCAGCCUUGAGCCUGGCUGUCCGUCCUGCCCCGGCUUCUCCCUGCACCAGCGUGGGGUCAUUCUCACUCUCUUCAGAGAAACCAAGCAGGUUGGGAGACCAUGUGUCAAAAAGGAAGCAACGCAGUGUCACGGGAAGAGUGCUGGCCUGUGAGGUGGGGCACCUCUCCCCUUCCUUACAGAGGUCUCGGCGAGAUGGUCUCUGACCCCCUCCAGCUCUAAGAUGUUCGGGAAGAGACGAUAGUCCAAAGGUGGCUGAGGAUCCUGAAGACCUAAAAUGCAGCUUGUCUGCCUAAACUCCAGCCCCUCCGUUCUGCCUCUCGGCUUCUCACUUUUUAGUGCAUCUGCCCUCUGUUCCAGCACUUUCCACAUACUUUGUGAAAUAGUCUCUCUGUCAUCAAAUCUCAAGGGGACAUCUGGCCUUCCCAGUUGGAUGGCACAUUCAAGGAUGGAUCAUGCCCUUGGUCCCUCUGCAGCAGCUUCCACAAGGCUGGUAACAUCAGAAGGGCUCCAGGAGGAACAGGGAUGAAACAGCACUCUGGGUGCGGGGCCUGGCUUCGCUGGCCCCAUCUCACCCCACCGCCAAGCUGCCCACUUUCUGAGUCCGGCCUCUGUAGGUUGAGUGCCAACAACUGGCACAGCUCCUUGAGAGGCUGACCUCUGAUGAGCAGAGGCACUUGAGGGCCGAGACCCCGGGGCUGCUGCCACCCUAGACCUCGCCCCGUAGGAGCAGGAACCCCGGGACCCCUGCAUGGCCCUGGGAGGCUUUGCCUUGACAUUGACAAAUCUUCCCAGUCUCAUUGUCAGCUGUCCUUGGGGUGCGGUUAGCCCUAGCCCUGAUCCUUCGGGGGUGCUUCUGAGACCGCC